AAAAUAAAGUAAGAUAUGCUCUAAGAUUUCCUAUAAAUUGGUGAGCUGAAUAUACACUAACCAAGUGAAUCAAAGAGCCUGGCUUCUACUUCUUUAAACGCCAUUUGCAUACUCAUCUUGGAACAGAUAUAUACAUAUAUAUAUAUAUAGAGAGAGAGAGAGAUGGCUCAUGUUGCUGUAAGUUCCCUUUUGAGAACCAUUGAGCUCGAAUUCUUUCAAUCUCAACCGCGCCCACUUCCACAACAUCAGAAGCAGAUCAUCACCGAUUGUACGGACGUCAUCGAAUCUCUCCGCGAAAGCCUCCUAUUUGUGCAAUCCUCUCUGGAGGAAUUGCAGGGGUUGGACACCGAGGGCCGUGAAAAACUGCCGCGAGAUUUGGGGGCAAAACUCAGAGAUUUUGCCUUCAAGGCGGAAGACGGCAUCGAAUUCGAAUUAUCGCACAUUUAUCUCGCCGGCGAACUCGUUCCGUCGUCCGAGGAGCCACAGCCUCCGUCUCCGGCCACGCUUCGUCAAGUCCUGCAACGAGCAGUAGAGGACAUUGAUCGCAUCAAGGAAGACUUGAGGAGUAUCAAAGACAACCGCGACAAAAUCGACCAGGCCGAAGAUGUGGCGGCGCAAUCUCAUGCCUCCGAUGAACCGCCGGAGGAAAUAAUGGUAGGAAAAAGCGAUGAGCUGGAUGCGAUGAAGGAUCUGCUGAUUUCUGGAAGCAAAUCCAACAACAGCCUACAAGUUGUCGCAGUUCAUGGCAUGGGCGGAAUAGGCAAAACAGUGUUAGCUAAAAGCAUUUAUGAAGAUAAAUCAAUAAAGAAACACUUUGACAAAUGUGCAUGGGUUGUGAUAUCGCAACAUCACAAUAAGGAUCAAAUGCUUUUGGAUCUUCUCAAAUCACUGGUCCAAGAGCAACCACAGUAUGAUUCAGAUAACAUAGAAGUGCAGAUCUACAAGCAUCUGAAGCAUAACAAGUAUCUAAUUGUGAUGGAUGAUGUGUGGAGCAUUGAUGUUUGGAAUGAUGUGCGGAGUUGCUUUCCAGAUGUUAGUAAUGGAAGUCGAGUAUUAUUGACAACUCGCCUGAAAAAUGUGGCCCAGGCUGCAGCUACUACUGUCAACCCCAAGAACUGUUACCAGAUGCGUUUCAUUAACCCAGAGGAGAGUUGGGAUUUGUUUAAAGAGCAGAAGUUUUUGGUAGAAAUUUCAAAGCAGGUGGAGUUUGAGACGAUUGGGAAGAAAGUUGUUGAGAAAUGUUAUGGAUUACCUCUGGCAGUAGUUGUGGCAGCAGGGCUCUUUUCCAAUCUGACGACGCUGGAAGAAUGGAAGAACGUUGAGAAGACUAUUGAUUCCCUGGAGAGAAAACCUAUUGCUAAAAAUUGCGCAGAUAUACUGGCUUUGAGCUACAACCAUUUGCCUCACUACCUGAAAUCCUGCUUUUUGUAUUUUGGAUUUUUCCCAAAAAACUAUCCUCUCAUUGCGAAGAAUCUUGUUAGGCUUUGGAUUGUUGAAGGAUUUGUAAAGGAAGGGGAGAAUGAAAGAAUAGUGGGUGAAAAGUAUUUACAUGAACUCAUUGACAGAAAUCUAGUUCUUGUGGGGGACAGAAAAAGUUCAUAUGGAACAAUCAGAACGUGUAUGGUCCAUGAGUUUCUCCAUGACUUGUCCAUAAGAGAAGCUCAAAACGAGAAUCUUCUGUAUGUGGUUGGUGACAGAGAAAUGGCUUCUUCUCGCCAGCGUUGGAUAACAGCACGGAAAGAGAGUUACAGUGAUCCUUCUGUUUAUGCUUGUUUCAGAAACUGUCGUUCCUUUCUCUAUUUUGAGGAAGAUAAAGAAGCAAUAAAACUAAUGAAACGUGGUAUUUUUAAACAAACACUUGGAUCAAGGAAACACAUCUCGGAUCUGCUACAAGUGUCUUCGAAUCUAAAGCUGCUAAGAGUAUUGGAGAUGUCUUCAUUUGAGUGCCUUCAUGAGCUGGGAAAUCUAAGCAAUUGGAUUGCAGAUCUUGUACAUUUGCGACACCUUUCUCUGAUCAUUGGCUUACCUUUAACAAAUUUCCCAUUUUCAAAAGCUCGAAAUCUUCAUACACUUCGAAUUUCAGCUGGUUAUCAGGGUAUGAAAGAUCCAUUACCACCCUUCAUUCUUGAUGAGUUGCCACAACUAAGAUACCUUAAAUGUUGGCCUAGUUGUGAGCUAUUUCCUCCCACGUUUGUCCAUGAAAACUUGCACAGUGUUUCGUCGAUAAGCCCUGUUCAGUGCUUGCUGCAAGUCUUUGCCAAGAUUCCACACUUGAGGAAACUAAGCAUUACAGGUGAAAGAUUUUAUUUCAUACUGUAUGGUGAGAACCUUGCCUUUCUUCCUAAGCUCGAGUCACUAAGCAUUGAUUUUCAGGGUUUUAACGCGCUUCAAACGAUUCAUACACCUACCAGUUCUGUUGAUAAUAUAGCUUCUUUGCAUGGCCUUAAGAAGUUGAAGCUUAUGUGUACUGAAAUCUUGUGGAAGGAUGUGAAUCUUCUUGCAAAGUUGCCUAAGCUCGAGGUACUCAAGCUCCUUUUUCAAGCAUGUGUAGGAAGAGAGUGGAAGUUGGUGGAUGAGGAGGAAGAGUAUACUUUCUAUUCAUUGAAGUAUUUGCUCAUUGAUUACUCUAGUCUUGUGGAAUGGGAAGCUACAGAUGUGAACUUUCCAGUACUAGAGCGCCUACUCCUUUCGAGGUGUUUUAACUUGAAAGAGAUUCCGAGAGACUUUGUAGACAUUGCCACACUACAGUUGAUUGAAAUAAUAGGCUGUCUCCCUUCGGUUGAGGCUUCUGCCCAGACAAUUGAAGAAGAGCAACGCGACUUUGGGAAUGACAUGAUAGAAGUGGUGGUUCACAAAAUGCCUUCCAAUAGUUAUGCAGAAACCUCUGAUCCUAAUGAAGAAGGACCAUCCAGAGAAGAAGAAGAUUCUUAAGCUCUUUGUUAUAUGCUGGAGGCAAACUUAAUAAGAUGCUGAGGGAAGUGUUUUCUUAUAUGGUGGAUGCAUUGGUUGGCUUUCAUGCAUGUUAGUUCAAAGGCUUCAUGAGCUUCUACUCCUUCUAGCAUAUAUGGUGGAUAACUGCAUUGAUCUGUUUCUCUAAUUUGUAUAUUUAUUCCUAAGAUAGAGUGGUGAAUAAUGGAAACUCACAUUGACAUGUGUUUUUCCACUUAGCUUGCUUGCUUUUGUUUGGUAAGUAAUAAUAGUGAGAUGGUGUGGUUCAAGUUGUAUGGAUGUGUAUAUAUGUAUUAUGAUAUUAUGAAGUGGAAUAUCUAUGGGAGUAAUGACUGUGAUUUUUGUAGACAUUUCGGGCUUGAAUUUUAAAUGAGAAGUUAAUUUUUGA